AUGGCAUACGUCGCCACCCUAUCCCCUCAUCACGCCUGCAGACAGAGUGCUCAUCUCCGUGCCGCUGUCUCUCCUUCUCUCCGCGCCCACCGCCCUGAAAGACCCCCUCUAUGGCGCCUUUCUGCACCGCCUGCACUCCCAGGGCCUGCUGGACCACCGCAAACUCACCCUUACUCCCAUUCCCCCAUUUCUCCCAUCUUCCCUUCCCCGAUCCCCUUACGCAUUCUCCCCUACAUCAUCCCCACACCUGCAGAUGCAGUUCUCAUCUCCGUGCCGCUCUCUCUCCUCCUCUCCGCACCCACGGCCCUGCAAGACCCCCUCUACGGCACCUCUCUGCGCCGCCUGCACUCCCAGGGCCUGCUGGACCACCGCAUGCUCACCCUCACUCCCAUCCCCUAUAUUUCCCCAUUUUUCCCAACCCCCCUACGGCCUGCUGGACCACCACAUGCUCGUGCUCCUCCUGCAGCUGCUGCACUGCACCGCUGCCACCAGAAAGAACGCUCCUUCUGGGCUCCCUACCUCUCCUGCCUGCCACAGUGCUUUGACUCGCCUCUGUGGUUCGACCAGGCCACGUUGGAGGAGCUGCGAGGCACUCCUCUGUACAACGCUGCAUGUGCGCAGAGGGCCAACUUGAGGCGUGUGUACGAGGAGCAGGUGGAGCCAAUCUUUGCUGCUGUGGUGGUCGAAGCAGAGGGGGAGCAGAACAGUGGCGAUGCCUCCAGCUGCAUCUCCUUGGACGAUUUUCUCUGGGCCAAUUCCAUUUUCUGGUCGCGAGCUCUAACCCUCCAGCUCGCUCCCAGCCUCUCUGCCUAUGUCAACAUCGCUGUGCCGGAUGCUGAUGUAGUGCCUCCUGUGCAAGGCAACGAGGUUACCAUCAGCUAUGGGGAGAAGGGCAACGAGGAGCUUCUGUUUCUUUAUGGCUUCGCCAUUCCCAACAACCCCCACGAGCGCCUCAUGCUCAACUACCCCCCGGCACAGCUUCAGGAAGACCCAUGCGCCGAGACCAAGCUACAGCUCUUGGCCGUGCAGGACCUCUCACUACAAUGGAUCAUUCCGCGUUCCUCCAAGUAUCCCAACAACGAUUGCCAGUAUGCCGGUGCUUCAUCUGCCAGGAGUCGGAAGGAGCAGGAGCGAGGGGAGAAGCAAGGGCAGGAGGACAAGCAGGGGCAGGAGGACAAGCAGGGGCAGGAGGACAAGCAGGGGCAGGAUGAGGUGCAGGUGCAGCAGGGACAGCAUAAGGAGGAGGAGGGUGGGGGGGAGCAAGAGGGGAGUGAGCAUGGGGAUGUGUUUCCCUCUAGCUUGAUGGCAGCACUGCGAGUGCUCUCACUCACAGAAGCCCAGUUGGAUGCUGCCACGUCAGCACUCCUGGAGCGCAAGGCAGCAGCAGGGGAGGGGGCUCUAAGCCCUGAGGACGCAAGCGAGGCAGUGAGAGAGGCAGCGGGGGGGGAUGCACAGGCGCUGCUGCUGCUGCAACAACUUCUGCAGCAUAGGCUUGACCGCAUGGUGCAGGGCACGGGGACUGCGGAAGAGGACGCUGCAUGGCUCAAUGCUCAUGCGGGCGUAGAUGAGCAGGAUAAGAGGUGA